UGCAGACAUCCGGCGAAAGAGAAACUCUUCGUAUUUGCGGAAAAGAAAAUAUGCGCAAAGUAACAAAACACAAGUUGGUUAAAAUAAGAAGCGCCAACGAGGCCAGAAAAUACGGAAUUGCGGCUACUAACCUGAAGGAGCUGGUUAAAAAAGCAUGUAGUUUACUUAAGGUAUCCAACUCCAAAGUACAUGUGUGCUUAUUCGAGGACGGAACAGUAGUUACUGAAGAGUAUUUUCAAAAUCUUCCUGAUAACACUGAACUUGUCCUCCUGCCUGAGGGACAGAGCUGGAAUGGACUUGUUCAUGACAUAAAUCAAGUCCUGGGUUUGGACAGAGGCGCAGACCUGAUCCGUGCAGCCAGAGAUCUUCUGUCAGAUGAACGUUCUCCCAAACGGCGCAGAAUACUGGGAGACCUUCUGAGGAACCUGACUGACAAUUCAGAGGUGGAGAACAGAGAAGAUGAUAAGGAAUGGUUUGAAGGAAUCGAUGCCCGGUUUAAAACCAAGUCUGCGUACAUGAAGUAUAACUGUGAGAGCAGAAUCCGAGGAUAUUUGAAAGAGGUUGAUGGAUAUACGCAGACUAUUCCAAAUGCCAAGACAAAAAGUGAAUAUAAAAAGGUGGUGGGGAUCCUGGCAGAGAAGCUGAAGGCGGCACGGUAUAAUGGCACAUAUUUUGACAGAUCAGAGAGGGACGACCACAGACUCUGCACUGAGGAGGGCUGGUUUACCUGCCAGGGCGCAUUUGACGAGAGCAACUGCGUGUUUCUUCACUCAAUAAACCCAUACGGGAGCCGCGAGAGCAGAAUCCUCUUCAGCACCUGGAAUCUAGACCACCUGAUAGAAAAGAAGAGGACAGUCAUCCCCACGCUCGCCGAGGCACUGAAGGGCAAUAAGAGCGGCCAUAUAAACGUGGAUUAUUUUUACAAACUGUUAUUCACAAGGGAAAAUCUCAAGCUCGUUCAUAUCGUCUGCCACAAGAAAGGGGCCCAUGAGCUCAGCUGUGACUCCCGAAAAAUCUACAAACGGGUCAGGAGGAUUGUGAAAUGAAAGCAUGUCCGUAAUCCUCUUAUGAAAUGUGCUGCUUGGUGUGAAAGUUUCAAGCACUGAGAUCCUCAGGGCCAUUUUAUUUUAUUAUGAGGUUAUAUAGCGUUUCAGGUAUACACUUUUUUUAAUUGUAUCUUUUAGUUUCGGCUAUAAACCAAUUUUUGUACCAAAGCAACAUUUUUUCAGGGUUUUUAUAACUGUGACUGAUUUUAUAUGCAAGUUUUAUUGAUUUAUAUUUAGCACUAAAUGUCUUUGAGUCACGUGUUUAAUCUUGUACAGUUAAUGUUACACAUAGCACUUCCAUCAACAAACAGUAGCCUUACUGUACAAAAUAUAAAUCAAGAGAUGUUUUCCAAAGCUGUUAAUGAGAUUUAUUUUCUCUGGACGGAGUAUUGUAGCUUUCACAUGAUAAUACACGGAUGAUUUGCCAUUAAAUAAGUUCACGAAAAAUUGCAUGUCAUAUACAUAAAGUAUUUGGUAGCAAAACAAA